AUGGAAGAUCUACCGCUGCAGUCGAUGUGGAGAUCCCCGGAAAUUGUGUCUGUUCGCAAAGCUUUAAGCUGCACAUGCAAGAGCUAUAAGCACUCUGGAUGGGUCUGUUCCCACGUUAUUGCGUAUUUGCAUCUCCUAGACAAGCUCAACAUUGAACGAGCCCUAGAAACAAUUCCGAUGCGAGGGCCACCUGGACGCCGAGAGUCAACACGAGGCGGAUUGAAUCGAGACGGCGUAUGCGAUUUCGAUCGCCUGAUUGAGGUGUUCGCUAAGGAUCCUGGUAGAGCAUUAAAGUGGUCUGUGGUAGAGGAAUUUGAGGUGCUAGACGAUGGAGUAGCAGUUCCAGACCGCCGAAUUGGGCAAGUUUCGGCUUGCCGUCUUUCUUCUCAUGAUGGGGUCUACAUCUGGACGGCAUCCUUUGUGGAUGGAG